CACGAUGGCGGCCGGGGAGCCAGGGGCUUUGGGCGGCUACUACUUCAGGUUUCUGCCUCAGAGACCCUUCCAGUCUCUGAGCAGCCAGGAGAGCACCAGCCGGCUCCGCCAGUGGUCCAUGCUGGGCAGAAUCAAGGCGCAGGCGUUCGGGUUUGACCAGACGUUUCAGGCCUAUCGGAAGGAUGACUUCGUUAUGGCUUUUUUCAAAGACCCAAAUGUCAUUCCCAAUUUGAAGUUACUUUCAGAUUCUUCUGGACAGUGGAUUACAUUAGGAACUGAAGUGAAAAAAAUUGAAGCUAUAAAUGUACCUUGUACACUGCUUUCAAUGUCAUUUUUUAAUCGGUUAUACGAUGAAGAUAUUGUACGAGACAAUGGACAUAUUGUUAAAUGUCUAGAUUCUUUUUGUGAUCCCUUUCUUAUUUCUGAUGAGUUACGAAAAGUUUUGCUAGUGGAAGACUCAGAAAAAUAUGAAGUAUUCAGCCAAUCUGAUAGAGAUGAGUUCCUGUUUUGUCUUUUCAAACAUCUUUGUCUUGGUGGAGCCCUUUGUCAAUAUGAAGAUGUGCUUAGUCCGUACCUGGAAACAACAAAGCUUAUCUAUAAGGAUCUAGUGAGUGUUCGAAAGCAUCCUCAAACCAAGAAAAUACAAAUUACCUCUUCUGUCUUUAAAGUUACAGCAUAUGAUUCUGUUGGUAUGUGCUACCCUUCAAGAAAGAGUCAUGAGCAGACGUUUUCUUACUUUAUUGUGGAUCCUAUCAAGCGUCACGUUCAUGUUUUAUACCACUGUUAUGGUGUGGGGGAAAUGUCUUAAUAAUGUUCUUUCAGAUUGUCUAUAUUUAUUAUUUCCUUAUUUACCAAUUUUUAAUUUUAAUACUGAUUUAUAGGUUAACAUUUACUUUGUAAGUUAAUUCACAUAAAAUGCAAAGAACAAGCUUAGAGCAGAAGAAAACAAAUACUAAGAUGCUUUUCAUUAAAUUUGUCUGGAAUAGUAGCUGAGGAAGCAGAUUCCAUCCCUAACAUAAUCUAUACCAAUACAGGUGUAAAAUUUUUACAGAAGGUUGCAAAGAACUAAAAAUAUAGUUUAUAUUUGUUGCACUAAGAUUCAGGUGAGUCCUCAAUUUCCCAGGUGUGUGAUUUUAGAAGCUAAUUAAUUCUGGAUUAACAUUGUGGCAGAAAAUUAAACAUCUGAUCAUUAAUUAAACUGAUUAAUUAAACAUGAUCAUUAAUAUGAACUGUUAGCUUUUAAAGUUUGAGUUUCAUUUAACUACGUUUCUUCAUUGCAUAAAGAUUUACAUCUCUGGGGCUAUAAAAAGCAUAACAGUUCGUUUGCUUCCUUUGUCCCACUAAAAUCCUCAGUAAAAACAUAAUCUUCUGAAAAUAACUGUAAACUCUUUUAUCACAUAAUAAAUGAAAACUGCAGCUGCCCCUUAGCUAAUACCAGCACUAUAUGUAAACAGAGGAAGUUGCCCUGAUGGUAUUAUUAGGUUGGCAAAAGGGUACAGAGCAGGGUCUCUUAGUACUGUCCCCUUAUUACAUUCACAGAAUGAAUAUAUAACUUAGACUUUUUUAAUGGAAAAAGUGAUUGACAUGUACCCCAAAGGUGAUGGAGAGCCUGCACAAGGUGUUGAGACUGAGGCCGGGCGAGUUUGGAAUAUAUAUUUCUGUGUUGUAGGGAUAAGGUUGCUAAUCUUGGAUUUGAACCUAUGGUUAUAUCUGGAGGGCAGCUGGCAAUUUGGGUAUAGAGCUCAGGGGAGAGUUUGUUUUACUUCUAAUACCUAGCACAAUGCCUUUGCAUGUUAAAUGUUUAUUGAAUGAAUAUUUUCUAGAUAUGUUCAUAGUAUCUAUAGAUUUUUUUUAAUCCUAUUAAAAAAAACAUAAAAUCAAGAACAAAAAUGUCCAGUCUUGCUACCAGUCUUGGUGGCUACACACAGACCCCUGCAACUUGAGGACCCUCUUUUAAUCAAUCAGUUGGUCAAUCGACAGUUCUUUUUGAGUAACAAUUCUGUGCAAGGCACCGUGCUGUUUACUUUAGGGAAACAUACACUCCCUAUAAACCUAGUAGAGAAGGUAAUCUGUAAGAAUGUGUCAAUAGACAGUGAUUGUUACAUGAAUUCAGAGAAGAGAUUGUUAUGAACUAGGCCUAGGAAGGGCUUGGUCUGGCUUCUAUAGAAGAACUGGUAGGAUUUCAACAACUGAAAGGAGAGCGGUCCAACGGAGUGAAGAAGCAUGAUGUGGCCGGGUGCUCUAAGCCUGACCCUGGGAUGAAAGUUCAGAGGCAAAAUAUACGGAACUGAUACUGAGGAGUUGCCAGUGUUUUUUCUCUGCUUUAAAGGUGGAGGUAGAAUACACCUUUGAGGAAAGAUUGCACCAUUGUUUUGGGAAAAUCAUUUUAGUGACCCGUCUGUGAUUAUGCAAAUUCUCUGAAUUGAGA